CACUAACUUUCUUAAAAUAUACAAAUAAACCUAUAAUAAACAAAAAGGAAAAUAAAACCCUCAAUGGUAGUUGGUGGUUUAGCUCUCAAGUUGGCCAACGAAGUAUUCAAUCUUUCUUUAGGAACAUGAAGCAACUUUAAAUCACAAAACAAUUAGCUGGCCAAAUAAGUCUUUAACCUUUGUUCAGAGAAACAUUGAAAGGAAUUUGUUUCCAAGGAAAAAAAAGACGAAUAGUCAAAAUAAAAUUUUUUACUACACAGAAGAUAAUCACUAGGCGUUAUGUGGAUCUUAGGUGUGCCGGCCAUCUAAAACAAAAAUCAUUUGAUAUUGCCAACUUUUAAGCUAAAAUAAUGAAUCAAUCAGCCAUAAUUUCGUCAGCUGAAGAGCAGCUAAAGAAUUUUGGUACAUUCCUGGAUUUUCAUGAUAAGAGGUUGUACCGGUUGUUGAAGGACAUAAUACAAAUACCGACAGUUAGAGCACCGCCUACGGCUACACCUCUCAUAGUCAUAAACUACUCGGCAAAUCAGGAACAGCUUCAAUUGCUUCGUUUACUGGAAUCAGAUCGUUUACUAAACAAGACUUUGCUUACUUUCGGACAUCUUUGCGCGGAAGUCGAUGAGUUGGUAAACAGAGCUCAGCAAAUGCAGACAAAGUUCCUAUAUAUAGAUGAGAAUUUAUGUGUAAUGUUAGCAGAUGAAGAUUGGAGUGGUAGUGUCAAUCUCACUAAACAUACAAAUGAGAUUGUGUUACAAAUGAGCGAAUCUAUGCAAUUUAUAUGCGACAUUCAGUUUUUAUUGCAACGCUGCAUUGUGUUGGGUAAUAAUUUGCUGCAUCAAUGUGGCGCUUACUGCGCAGUAGAGGAUAACAAAAAUUUGGAGUUUCGUUUUGUGGAUGUGUUCGACUGCCUGGCGGACCUGCUAUUACAAAUUCUAAUAUUUAACGAGAUUAUAUCUAGCUCAAAUUUCUGCCGUUUUUGGCAGACUUACAAGAAAACUGUGGACGCAGUAGCGCACAAUAAAAAUUUUUUAGAGUUUUGUACUGACAACGAGUUGAAUGGGUUAAAAAAUUGCUUGCAAGAAUUUGAUUUUUUGUUUUCGGGGGAUUUAUUUCAAAGUUUUCUUGAUAGCACGUUUGCCUUAAAAGAUAAAAUCGGUCCAAAGGGUAUUGGUCAACUUACAAGUCAAUGCAAUGAGUAUAUGAAACAAUGUUUGGCCGGUAUAGCCAAAUACGAUGCGAAUGAAUUUAGUGAUCAUAGACUACUUGUUCGUCUAAAUGCUUUCUGUGUAGUUUUCCACGAUUUCUGUGGCCAAGUUGAAACUAAACAUGUCAAGCAUUUACUAGAGCUCAAUCAGAAACAUCAAGGAAUUAUGUUGAUAGCUAAUGUGGCCUGGCAACCGAUCGCGUUCCUGCGGCGACACGCUACCUCAUUAGUGAAGCCACAUGAGCGCAUUUUGCAAGAUACUAAACGAUUGCGCCAGCAUUAUUUACAAACUCGAGUGCAAACUCUUCCUCGUGAAAGCCGCAAUUAUUGUUCGCAAGUGCUUCUUUGGACGCUGAAUGUACGAAAAGCAUUAAGCACCGGCCCAUUCGAAUUAACUGUACAUCAAUUUAAGGAGCUGGCCGCUUUGCUGCUGCUUGGUCUGCGUUACGCAUCGCAACUAAGUUGCCUAAUAAAAGGUUUGGUGAAUGCACAUGUAACAUUAGAAUCACCAAUGGCCAAACCAACACUACAGUGUAUUUGCAAACUUAUUGAAUUGUUGAAAAGUAUACAACAAGUGUUUCAACAGUACAUGGAUGUCAUUGCAAAAGUUAUACAAUGUGUGAUGCAGUACUUACAGUAUAAAGUAUUACAUUUGUUGAACCUGUACAAGAAACGCAUCACUGCUGCCAAAAUGCAUAAUCGCAACGUUGACGCUCUGGCUGCGCUGCGCAUUGCUGAGAAGUGCAUGGCAGGCCCACCAACGAAAAUGCGCGUAUUCAUAACGAAACUCGCAGUGAAUGCAACUAAUCUUAAUAACCGCACGUUGCCUCAAGAUCAGUGCGAACGUUUCCAAAUAUUAAUGUCCCGCAUUUUGAUAUUGGCAGAUUGUCAGAAAAAUGUGGAUGAUUUGUGUGAUACCACUUUUAUUUAUUGGCAUCAAUCAGUACUUUCGGCAUAUUUAAAGCAGGUGGUUGAGCGCAAAUUGGACUUUAAUUCAUUUCAGCAUAUUCUGUAUGCUUUUAACGAUUGCGGAAAAGCUUUUGAUAUGUUAGAGUUGAAUGAGUUGAAGUUAUCAAAGUGUCUGGAACGAGCAACUUAUGAUAAUUUACGCAGCGAAAUCGUCAGCAAAUUAUGUGCACAUAUUGAAACGUUUUUGCGUUUAGAAGUGCAUUCCAAUUUACAGCUGGAAAAGAUGAGUCCGUUUGAGCAGGGCAUAGAUGAUUAUCGCGAUUUGAUUAAUGCUUGUCCGAUUCAAUUAAAUGGAAGUUAUGUGAUUUUAAAAGAUCACGUUGAAAAUUAUUUGAGUGCUAUGUUUUAUAAUCUAACUACCAUAUCACUGCACGACUGGAAGACUUACGAAGAGAUGCGACACCUGGCCAAAACGCGUUUAAAGCUUAAGCCUGUGGAAGACUAUUUGCCUAAUCAAACAUUGGAACAGGGCAUUGAUAUUUUGGAGAUAAUGCGUAAAAUCCAUAUCUUCGUCUCGAAAUACGUUUACAAUAUGAACUCUCAAAUAUUCGUCGAACAAACGAGCGCCAACAAGCACUUGGACUCGAUUGGCAUACAGCACGUGGCCAAUUCGCUACGCACACACGGCACGGGUGUCAUCAACACCACCGUCAAUUUUACAUAUCAAUUUUUGCGACAAAAAUUCUACACUUUCUCGCAAUUUCUGUACGACGAGCAAAUCAAAUCGCGCCUCAUGAAGGAAUUACGCUCUUAUGCCGAGCACAAACAAUCGAAAAGCUAUCCCCUAUACGCCUACGAACGUGCCGAUGCCUUUAAUAAAGAUGUACGUAAGUUAGGCCUCUCCAAUGAUGGUCAAACAUAUAUGGAUCUUUUCCGGAAGGUGAUAACGCAAGUGGCCUGUAUGGAAUGUGAUGCCAGUCAAGUGACCUCCUAACAACGGCGAGUUGGUUAGGGUUAAGCGCAUUUUGUACGACUACUACACUGAGAGGUACCCAAACAUUCAACAUCAGUCUUUUGUGAUGUAUAUAGACUUAAUUGGCGUCCAGUCUUUACUUUUUAUGUCAAUGUAGACCAAAUUUUUAAAUCAUUAGCUUACAUGUUACUUUGAUGCCAUAUAAAGAGUGGGCAAAAAUAUUGCAAUUUUACUCAAAUAUCAGUUAUAUCUUAGAAAUUUUGGUAUCUCUGACAUCAAAUAUAUUAAAUAACGAUACAGUUUUAUACAGGGUAACCGUGAAAGUCGUCCUAAAUUCUUAAGUACAUUAUUUUGAGAGUAAUUUCUGAUUAUUUUGGUUAUCGACAUGAUAUCUAAAAAUGUAUAAUAUUUAAAUUAAAAAAGUAUUCCGUAAGGACUCAACUAGUAUAGGGUAAAAUUUUAUAAGAAGAAAAACAUUCUAAAAAUACGCAACUAAGCAAAAAAUUUUACAAUCACUGUCCCUAAUCUUGAUACAAAUUCUCUUUCUUUAUAUUUCCUUAAUAAAGUCCUUAAGUAUCUAGAGCAACUUUCCCAGUAGCCCUGUAGGCAACUGAGUAACAAAUAUAAAGGCGGCGGAAAAGAACUAAACUUUUAAUAGUACAUAAAUUACCCUUGAUGAUAUCACAUUUAUUCGUACUUAUGCCGCCAAGUGUUCCGUUUUUGCUGCGCUAGAUAUUCCAUUAUAGAUUUUUUUAGACUUCUGCCAAAGAGCAAUUGGCAAGUAUCGUCCAAACCUCAAUGACGAUCAAACAAAAUCGAUCUGGACCACAAAACGUACGCGUAUAUAUAUUCAACUACAUUUGUACG